AUGGUUCUGACGGAGUUGCUGAGGCUAAAAGAAUCCAAAUCACCAGGUCCCGAUGAGAUUCCGGCGAAGAUUUUGAAGGAACUCGCCGGUGAGUUGUCUAAGCCACUCUCCAUGCUUUUCCAUACAUCCUUCGAGACCGGAUAUCUGCCACCCGACUGGAAGUCGGCGUGGAUUACGCCGCUGUACAAGGGCGGAAGUCGGGUCUCUGCGAACAAUUACAGACCGGUCAGCCUCACCUCCAUUUGCUGUAAGAUUAUGGAGAAGAUAAUAAAGCAACAACUAAUGCAGUUCCUUGAACAAAACCAGUUGCUUUCCGAUUCUCAGCAUGGAUUCCGAAAAGGCCGAUCCUGUGUGACAAACCUGCUCUACUGUCUGGAACACUGGACUAGGGCUGUUGAUAGAGGAGAUAUGGUGCAUGCCAUCUAUAUCGACUUUAAAAAGGCCUUCGAUAGUGUGCCUCACCACCGCCUUCUAUACAAACUUAGCUGUGCAGGAGUGCGUGGUAAGCUUCUGAUGUGGAUUCGGAGCUUUUAAAUCGGCCGCUCUCAAGCCGUCCACGUCGGUGACCAACAAUCUGCCGAGGUUGCCGUUAAGAGUGGUGUUCCCCAAAGCUCUGUUCUUGGCCCUACGCUGUUCCUCGUAUACGUCAAUGACUGUGUAAACGAACUGAAUUGCGAUGUCGCAAUGUUUGCCGAUGACAUAAAGAUUUGGAGUACCAUACGAAGCGAAGUUGACGAGGCGCGACUGCAGACAAGUCUGGACCACCUCGAGCAAUGGUCGAAAGACUGGCUUCUACCGUUCAACGUAAACAAGUGUACUUUCCUACGCGUCGGCAGAACUAGUUUUCCUAACCACACGGUCUACCGUCUGACUGGCAAACCACUGCAAGAAGUCGGCGCCCAGAAGGACUUGGGUGUAUGGAUCACAACCUCGCUUAAGCCUUCGCUGCAAUGUUCAAAGGUGGCCAAGUCGGCGAUGUCCAUGCUAUACCUUGUCAAACGGGCGUUCUCCUCAUUUGAUGAAGACUGCUUCGCCAAGGUCUUUCAAACUUUUGUGCGACCGCAUCUGGAGUUUGCUAUCCAAGCAUGGCGACCCUGGACCGCUAAAGACUUGGGCAUACUCGAAAAAGUUCAACGGCGAGCAACGAAACUUGUAUCUGGGCAGUGGUCACUACCCUACGAAACGCGAUUAGCUAAUCUUGACCUCUUUCCUUUGAGUUACAGACAGCUACGUGGGGACCUGAUACAAGCUUUCCGCAUCGUGCGCAAUCAGGGCUGCUGCCUCGCGUUUGGAGACUUCUUCGAGUUGGCGACUACGACUAACCUGAGAGGCCAUCCACUCAAACUGCGUGUGGCUGGUGUCCGGCUGGACACCCGAAAGUUCUUCUUCUCCAACAAAGUGGUUGCAGCUUGGAAUGCCUUGCCUGAGGAUGUUGUUAUGUCAGGCUCGGUAGAUACUUUUAAAUGGAGACUAGAUCAGCAUUGUAGCGCGCACCACAAUAACGCCGGACUACGGCCACCUUGACAGCCAACGCUGACAAUUUAGUGUUAUAACGAUGCUACUACCAACAUUUAAGUAAUAUAUGUUUAUGUUAUUUAUUAAGCUUGGGCCACGUCGCACACCACUGUUCGCAUUCACCACGAUGCCUGUAAACUGAACAAUUUUACUUCUUUUCCCGUGUCUUAAGUGUGCCUCAACUGUCCGCUGUAUUUUGACCAACAAAGCAAGUUAAUGUGCCUCUAAACUCUGUUAAAACAUGACAUUAUGUCGUUCAUCUGUACAGUUUUUGCUAUUCCCCUCGCAUUUCUUUCAUGUUACUUCGUUUCCAUUUCCUCCAUAUAUAUCCUCUGCAUGUAACCAAUAGGGAUUUCAAAGGUACAUACCUACUUUCCCUGAAAUAUACUGAUACUGAUACUGAUACUACACGUGGAACAUCCUCCUCAGGACCGAUUUUCUAGCUUGUUACGGAUGCCAAAUGGACGUACGAAAUGAGAGACACGAGUUCCGACAAACCGGCGCAGAAGGUCAGGCGAAGCUCCUGACUGCUUGGCCGGCAAUCCAAACGGCAGUAUAGGUCCCACCGACGUCCACUGAUGAUGUAUUACCUACAGGAGAACGGAGCGACGUUGAGACGAAAUCACUCAAAUGGAUGAUGCUUGGUUUUCACUAUGUUUUUGCAUGGGACAUGUACACGCUGGGCCGUACCAGUUGUAUACGACACGCUAAUGAAACGAAUGCAGCGAGGCCCAUUUGUCAACCUCCACGGCGUAUACCGGCGCACUUACAAAAGGAAGUGGAUACGUUAUUAGAUAGCAUGCUGUUGGGAGUGCCUACACUCCCAAAAACAAGAGCAAACCAAUCACUGGAGAUCACGUGCGUUUGCUCUCUCUCUCUCUCUCUCUCUCUCUCUCUCUCUCUCUCUACAGCGCUGUCAUCUCAAUCAGGCGCCUUCCCACUGGCUGCUCCCCUCUUCCCAAAGGCCAUUUGACUGAAUACCGUCGAACUACGGCAGUGUGUUAUAAAUAUGCGACAAACUUAGCUAGUCGCGACUUGCAGUGUUUUGCUAAUACACUUUCCGUGGCCAGCCGUGUGUUCUUUGUCUGCUGCCCUGGUAUUGGGGACCAGGGUCGAGUGCGUAUACGCUCCACGGGAUUUCACGCACCAGGCGGGUCAUAAAAAAUUGGCUACGCAAUUCUUCAACUACAAUUGCCGACGAGUACGCAGACUUGAAGCAGAUGUUGCAGCAGCAGCUGAAGCUAAUGGAGGCACUCACCGUUAAGCUGUCCAACUCGUCCAUGGGUCAAGCAAGCGCGACACGUGGUUCGCAAUCUGUUGGUCACAUUGCCGGCAGCAUCACUGAAUUCUUAUAUGACCCGCAGGCCCAUACUGCUUUUGAUUCCUGGUACAAACGACAUGAGGACUUGUUCUCUGUCGAUCUGGCUGCCCAGGACGAUGCAUGGAAGGUCCAAAUUCUACUUCGCAAACUGAGUCCGGCUGAACAUGAGCGUUAUGCCAACUUCGUCCUCCCCAAGAAUCCCCGAGAAGUCGGUUUCAAGGACACGGUUCAGACGUUGUAGCAGAUUUUUGGUGAGCAAUCAUCUCUCUUCAACACUCGAUUUCAGUGCUUGCAACUGCGCAAACGAGAUUCCGAUGAUUUCAUCACGUAUGCGGACAUUGUUAAUCGUGAGUGUGGGCGUUUCCAACUCGGUUCUCUCAUUGAAGACCAGUUUAAAUGCCUUAUAUUUAUCUGCGGAUGCUGAUAUCCGGACACGUCUCCUGUCCAAAGUGCAACUCUACCACACUCCAAGAGCUGGCAGCAGAGUACCAAACGCUGAUUAAUCUCAAGCACGACUCUGCAAUGAUUCAGAACCCUGCCUCAUCUUUCUCAGUCCAUACGGUCACAUCGACCAAAUCGCAUCCUCUUACACGGCCCAAGAAAGUGUCCAAGUCGAGAUCUCCGCCAUCUCCUUGUUGGCACUGUGGCGCGUGGCAUUUCCACCGGGAUUGCACUUUCCGCCAGCAUCGCUACCAAAGCUGUAAUCAGGUGGGACACCGUGAUGGGUUCUUCAAAUCAGUACCAGCUUCUGGAGGCAAGCCAAACCCCGCCACUCCUAAUUCCAGGCACCGUUUCCGGCCAAAACGCAAGCCCAAACCCCAGUCGGUUGGUAAUUCUCUCAGCCUGCACCCAAGAAUGUGUCGCAACUUCGCUCGUUUCUUGGCCUGAUCAGCUACUAUAGCGCCUUCCUACCAUUGCUGCAUGACGUACGGGCCCCGCUCAACCGUCUGUUGCAGAAGGAUGCUCCCUGGUGCUGGUCCCCCGACUGUGAAAAGGGCUUCGCCCAGCUAAAGUCGAUGCUGAGUUCAGACCUGCUGCUCACGCACUACGACCUGACGCUGCCGAUCGUUGUUGCUGCAUAUGCUUCCAACCACAGAGUUGGUGCCGUCAUCUCACAUACUUUUCCUGAUGGGUCUGAAAAGGCGAUCAUGCAUGCAUCUCGCACGCUAACCCCCGUGGAGAAGAACUACGGGCAAAUAGAGAAAGAGGCUCUAGCCCUCGUGUUUGCCGUCAAGAAGUUCCACACACUGUUGUGCGGUCGCCACUUCACGUUGUUGACGGACCACAAAUCAUUGCUGUCAAUCUUCGGUUCGAAGAAGGGCAUUCCCGUCUAUUCAGCCAGCCGACUUCAGCGAUGGGCAACCAUCCUUCUUGGCUACGAUUUUGACAUUCGCUACUGUCGUAAUACAGACUUUGGUCAGGCUGACGCCCUUUCUCGCCUCAUCAGCAAUCAGCAGGAACCGGAGGAAGAUACCGUAACUGCAGCUUUUUCGAUUGAGGAUGAUGUGCGCCGUCAGCUAUCAGACGCCAUACGAGGUAUCCCCGUCACUGCCACAGACAUCCGACGUGCUACUAAACAGGAUCCUGUCCUCCGCCAGGCAAUCACCUACGUGCAGACCUGCUGGCCAACCACUGCUCCCGCUGGCGAUCUUCGCCAGCUCUUCCUCCGCCGAGCAUCGCUAUCUGUGGUUGACUCCUGCCUCAUGUUUGCGGACCGUGUGGUGAUCCCAUCUUCCCUCCGACCCACUGUACUACGCCAGUUCCAUGCCGCUCAUCCUGGUACCAGCCGAAUUAAGUCUAUUGCUCGCAGUUUUGCUUACUGGCCGGGUAUCGACGGCGACAUCGACGACCUGGUUCGACGCUGUUCUCGAUGUCAGCAAGCUCCCAAGAUGCCGCCUCGUCAACCGCCAGUACCCUGGCAAACACCGGAGAGGCCUUGGUCACACGUGCAUAUCGAUUUCGCUGGCCCACUUAACGGAGUCUCCUACCUAAUCUUGAUUGAAGCCUACUCGAAGUGGCCCGAUAUUGCUCCGAAGCAACCGCAUCCGCCACUAUCGCCUUCCUACGACGCAUCUUUAGCCAACAUGGCUUACCGGAAGUCCUGGUUUCAGAUAAUGGCUCUCAGUUUACUUCGUCGACGUUUGAGGAUUUCUGCCGCCAGCACAACAUCCAGCAUCUUCGCUCCCCGCCCUACCAUCUUCAGUCUAACGGUCAGGCGGAGCGUUUUGUCGACACUUUUAAGAGAACCCUCUUUAAAGCUCGUGGGGAGGGGACCACGGACGAGAUAG